GUUUCCCUGUCUGUUCGUGCACGUCUGCCUUCUUCGCAGAUCACACUGUCACCAGGCGCCUGUCCACACGUGCGGUGUAGCAUCAGACUGGUCUGGACACCUUUCUCUCAGGUUAUGUGAAGACAUUUCUGAGAACUCAGGGACACAGGGACCAAACAAGCAGUGCAACAUACACCGAUGGAAACAGAUUUGUCAUUUGGAGAGGACAAUGAAAUGUCCUAUGAAGAAAGUGAUUCACCAUUUCCCUCACCCUUCAAUCUGGGUGAUUGGCGUCGCUUCGUUAAAGGAAAGACCUUGCCAUGGCCCAUUGUCCAAAAGAUCUGGACCCCGCCAGGCCACAGCGGCAGCUAUGACCUGGAACAGCGGCGGCAGGAAGAAGAGAGAGCUCCUUCUUCCCAAAUCAUCACCGUGUAUCCAGACCCAGAUGCUGCACUGAACCUCAACACCAAUGCCAACCCCAGACCGGAGUGCAAGCCUUAUGUGGAGCUGAAUGAGUAUCAGAAGACACAAAACCAGGAGGGGUACUGGCAGGAAACAGGACGAUGGGUGGGGUACGAGGAGAGUUACAACCCGGAGGAGGGUAACUGGGGCCCCGCCCACGUCUCCUACCUGACAUUCAGGAGCAUCGUACAAAUGCGCAAGAUCAUGAGCCAAGGUGUGGUGCUGCUGGACCUGGAGGAGCACAGUCUGGCAGCUAUUGCUGAGAAGGUGGCGGAUGAGAUGGUGAGCAAGAACGAGAUCAAGCAGAAAGACCGUGACUUCUUAUUGAGGGCCGUUCGGCAGAAACGCAGCCAGUCUGGGCCUACUCAACCGCCAGCCGGCAUAGAGAUGCAAACCUUCUCUGUCACCAAGAAGAGAGAUGAAACUGGCACUUUGGAAGCUUCAAUCGUCCUCUCAGGGCCCUUGGACUUCCUGCAGAAGCCCACCACAGGCUUUGUGAGGCUGAACGACGCUGUGAUCCUGGAUUCAGCUCUGGAGACGCCGGUGCCAGUCCGGUUCGUCUUCCUGCUAGUGGGACCUACUCAGAGCACCAUGAACUACCAUGAGAUGGGACGGGCGAUGGCCGCACUGAUGGCUGACAGGGUGUUCAACUCGGCAGCCUUCCUGGCUCAGAACGAGAAGGAGGUAAUGGAGGCUGUGGCCGACUUCAUGGACUGCAGCAUCGUGCUCCCUCCCACGGAGAUCCAGAACGAGUCCAUGCUCCAGUCCAUUAUCAACUUCCAGAAGAAGCUUCUGGAAGAUCGCAGGCGGCCUUCUGACCGCUGGCUCUAUGAAGAAAAACCCACAGGUCCCAUAGUCCCUGAGGAGCCCAAAGAGGACCCCCUGGCACGCACUGGACGACCAUUUGGCGGCAUGGUCAAAGACAUAAAGAGGCGCUACCGGCACUACCUAAGUGAUUACAUCGACGCCCUCAACCCCCAGGUCCUGGCUGCUGUCAUCUUCAUUUACUUUGCUGCCCUUUCUCCUGCCAUCACCUUUGGAGGACUUCUGGCUGACAAGACGGAGCACAUGAUGGGAGUUUCUGAACUGAUGAUCUCCACCUGUGUCCAGGGAAUCAUCUUCUGUCUCUUUGCUGCCCAGCCUGUUCUGGUCAUUGGCUUCUCUGGGCCUCUACUGGUCUUCGAAGAGGCCUUCUUUGGAUUCUGCAAGUCUCAAGAUAUUGAGUACAUCGUGGGCAGGGUGUGGGUGGGCAUUUGGCUGGUUGUCAUCGUGGUGGUCAUCGUAGCUGCGGAGGGCAGCUUCCUGGUCAGGUUCAUCUCACGCUUCACUCAAGAAAUCUUCUCCAUCCUCAUCUCGCUCAUCUUCAUCUAUGAGACCUUCGCCAAACUCAUCAGGAUCUUUCAAGCCCAUCCUCUGAUCCUCAAUUACGAGCACCUGAAUGAAACCUUGGAUGACCCCUUCCACCCUGUUGUCGAAGUGCGUCACCGUAACGAAUCUGGAAAUGUCACCGUCCAUCAUCAUAUCCGGGAGAGAGCCUACCCCAACACAGCCCUACUCUCCAUGUGCCUGAUGUUCGGGUGCUUCUUCAUCGCUUACUUCCUUAGGCAAUUCAAAAAUGGACAGUUCCUGCCCGGCCCUAUCCGUCGCAUGAUUGGAGAUUUUGGAGUUCCCAUCGCAAUUUUCUUCAUGAUCGCUGUGGACAUCAGCAUUGAGGACGCCUACACUCAGAAACUUGUGGUUCCUAAGGGGCUGACAGUGUCUAACACCACUGCCAGGGGUUGGCUGAUUCACCCCUUUGGGGAGAAGAAAGAGUUCCCCAUCUGGAUGAUGUUUGGCUGCCUGGUCCCAGCACUGCUUGUCUUCAUCCUCAUCUUCCUCGAGUCCCAAAUUACCACGCUGAUUGUGAGUAAGCCAGAGCGGAAGAUGGUGAAAGGCUCUGGGUUUCACUUUGACCUACUACUCCUUGUCGGCAUGGGAGGCAUCAGUGCUGUAUUUGGGGUGCCCUGGUUGAGCGCCGCCACGGUGCGUUCUGUCACCCAUGCCAACGCCCUGACCGUCAUGAGCAAGGGGCCCAGCCCUGUGAUCGAGAAAGUGCUGGAGCAGAGGGUUAGCGGCAUCCUGGUCGCCGCAUUGGUCGGUAUAUCCAUUCUGAUGGAGCCCAUUCUGAAGAUGAUCCCCAUGACGGCUCUGUUCGGGAUCUUCCUCUACAUGGGUAUAACCUCACUCAGUGGGAUCCAGCUGUGGGACCGCAUAUUACUCCUGCUGACACCAAAGAAGUACUACCCAGACCAUCCUUAUGCUCAACGGGUGAAGCCCCUACGAUUGCACUUGUUCACCUUGAUCCAGAUUGUGUGCUUGGUGGUCCUGUGGGCGGUGAAGUCAAGCCCUUUCUCUUUGGCCCUGCCCUUCAUCCUCAUUCUCACCAUCCCCCUGCGCAUGGUCAUGACGGGCCGCCUCUUCACUCCGCAGGAGAUGAAAUGCUUGGAUGCCGAUGAUGUCAAGGUGACAUUCGACGAAGAGCCGGGCGAGGACGUGUACACCGAGUCCCCACUGCCUUAGUCACUUCAGUACAUUUUCAACCUCUAAAUAACAUUGAACCGUAAUCCCACCGUUGAAUCCCAAGUGGCUAAAUCCUAGACAGGAACAUGUUUUAAUGUAAUAAAAAAAGUAUAUAUUUAUCUCUAUAUUACAUUCCUACGAAAGUGACCUAUACAAUUACUGAAAAUCUAACAGGAUCCCUCUGGCACAUUAUUGUAACCCUAUGGUAAACUGGCCAAUCCAACAGUUAAGGGACAUUUUGUGAGGGAUGUUUUUGUGUGGGUGGUAGUAACUCAGGAUCAUUACUAUUCAGAAAUGAAUAUAGCAUUGUGCACUUAACCUAUUUAUGAAACAUUUUUAAAGAUCCUGCUGUAACCAGAAAUGUUGUUAUUCUGUAUCGGCAAUCUGUUUUCAAAAUAUCAAACAUCUUUUCUUUCUUAGUAUCUAUUGACUUAACAUGCAUAUCAUUAAUGUGUUCAGUGUCACAAAAUGAAUCACUCUUACCUUUUAGGGGACUGUGAUACUGCACUGAUUUGUCAAUUUAAUUAUGUAUUUUAAAGUUAUUUAAUUCUAUCAUUAUAAUGAUAAUUUGUUUUAUUUUUGCUUCAUCGUGAUGUACUUGCUCGCUUACCACACAAAAUGGUACUAUUGAGUGUUAGCUUCCAUCAAGAGUGCUGUAGGAUUGUGUUAUGACCUGAAGGUAGAGUUUAUGUUUAGAGGUUUCUUCUUAAAAUGUACACAAGGAAUGCUUUUUUUUUUUACAGGCAUUAUCUAUGAUUGUGGAGAACGUGCAUUUUGAAACAAAAUUAUGAACAAGAUGAUUUUCAAUUACCUUCCUUUAUUCCAUUUAGACUUCACAUAUUCAUAGAUGUGCUUUAGUUUGAGUGUGAAUGGGACGUUAUUAGUAGUGUUAUGUGUAAUUUCGGAUCUGUAAAUAUGCCAAUGCUGAAAUCAAAUUGAUAGUGUAAUACUCAUUGAAUUUUAGAGGAAGAAAAAAAGGCCAGGACAGGGAGGAGGUGUAUUUUGUUGCAUUAGUUUAUUUUACUACAUGCUUCUGCUUUUUUAAUCAUGUGUCCAUUAAAGUUUAU